AUGUGGUUAUUAUCAUUAGCACCAGAUUUUGGUGAAGGAGAGCAUAUUGAUCAUGAUAGCAACGAUUUAUCGAGUGAAAAUGGUACAUCAUCAUGUUAUGCGCAAUCAGAUUAUUCCUCGGAUGACAAUGAAUUACCACCUGAUCAAACUGAACUCGAACGUCAACAUUUUCUUCAUCAGCUCAUUGAAUUCGUUCGUGAUGCUAAUCUAAAGAAAACAACAACAUCUUCGUUGUUAUCUUUAUUAAAAUCGACAUCAAAUUUCAUUAUAGUAUUUUCAUCUAGUGUUCAACAUGCUCAACAUCAUUGA